ACAGUCCAUUUGACUAAAACUACGGAAGCGUCUUUUAAUGGAGCUCUACAAAACUCGACUCGUAUGAUAAGUUUGAUUUUAAGACGACUUUUCAGACCACCAGGAACAACGUUUUAAGUCGGCAGUAGCUUAUUUCCCCUUCUACUGUUGGUAGCCAAAUAUCCCUGAAGUGAAAGCUAGUGCUUUAGUGUGAGGACGAGGCUACCGCUGCUCAGGCUAUGCUAGCUUUCAGGGUCACCACACCUCGCAAAUAGUUCUUCAUGUAAAACAAAACUACAACAAUCAUGGGGAACGGAAUGAACAAGGUUAUUGAUGGUCUCUACUUAGGAAAUAUAAGAGACUCAGAGAACCGAGAAAGUCUAUCUCAGAACGGUAUCACUCACAUCCUCUCUGUGUACAACAACGCCAAACCAGCACUAGAGGACAUGACGUACCUUUGCAUUCACGCAGCAGACGCCUCUAAUCAAAACUUGUUACAGCAUUUUAAAGAGUGCAUCCGCUUCAUCCACGAGUGUCGGCUUAACGGAGGGGCGUGUCUGGUUCACUGCCUAGCCGGAGUGUCGCGCAGUACCACCAUGGUGGUGGCCUACCUGAUGACCGUCACCACCUAUGGCUGGGAGGAGUGUUUGUCUGCGGUUAAGGCUGUGCGAUCGUUCGUGGGUCCUAACUGCGGGUUCCAGCAGCAGCUACAGCAGUUCCAGAGGACGCAAGUUUCAGAGUAUCGUGCUUGGCUCCGGACCAGCUACAGACCCAGCCCGUUUAAAGACCAGGAGAAGGUUUCAGCUUUACUCGUCCUCUACGCAGAGCAGCAGGCGCAGGAGCGGCGGAGACGAGGAGACCAGGACUGGAUGAACCAAGCGUCUGGUGUUUACGCUGUGCCUUACAGCCGCUAUAAUAGAUGAGUGGUCUCCGUACCUGCACCAACAAAAGAGCUACAGGCUCUUAAUGACUGCUGCUCACCUGUAUAACAACAUACACUAAUCCUAACAGAGCUCAGCAAUAUCUCUUUCACUGCUCUUAGUUAAGACUUUUAGGUUAUUAUAAUUAUUAUAUCUGAGUUAAAACAUAGCCAAACCCAUGAAUACAUCAUCAGUCCCCUUCCAGUUAGAACGAGAAAAAAAGGUGUGUAGUGGAGAGUGUGAUCACACUGAAUCACUCUUAGGAAAGCACCUACACUGAUUGCUCCAAUGAGGUCUACAGUCAUCAUGUUGUAUUCCUUUAAAAAAUAAAUAAACUAUAAUAAUAAUAAACUUUACCUCACUUUACCCAGCCACUGCAAUCAAGUUGUGAUUUUUUAAUAAAAGUGAUCAGACUAGCCGUCCACUGGACAAGUUGUAAUCCAAUCUUUUAUUAUUAUUAUUAUUAUUAUUAUUAUUACACAUCAGAUUACCAGUCCACUGUACAAGAUGUAAUUAUUUAUUUCUUUAUUUAUUUUUCUUUUAAAUAAACGUGAUCAGAUUAUCCAUCCACAGAUAUUAUUAUUAUUAUUAUUAUUAUUAUUAUAAAUAAAAGUGGAUUACCCCUCCACGUACAAGCUGUAAUUUUUUUUUUUAAUGUUACUUUCUUUUUUAAUCGAAUGUUGAUAGAUUCUCUAGGGUUAGUGUUAGAAGUUAUCACAUUUCUUUCUUUUUUGUUUUUGUUUUCAAGUUCGCAUUGUUGUGUACACAGAUGUUGAUUCAGUGUAAAUUAUUCAUCAAGAAAGAAUCCAAAUUAAACUUGUUUGAUUUAAAGUGAUGCAUAAUUAAGCUGUAUUAGACUCCACUGUAAAUGAUCUAGGACGUUAUAUUCUGUAGAAAAAAAAAGUGUACUUUGGUCCUGUGCAAAAUCUUCUGUUAUUAAACACUAUUCAUGCUACU